GGAGCCGCAGGGAAGUAAGAGCCCAGUGGCGCCACCGCUCGUCUGGCGCGCCUCGUGGUUGGCUCCUUCGGCCUGGUACCCAGAGGGAGGCGGAGCAAAGGCGCGGGAGCCGCGGCAGCAUCAUUAUCCCUCUGAGCUUCUGGAGCGCUACGGUCCCUUCCGUUCUAGCUGUCGCCGCCGCCGCCUCCUCCUCCUCCUCCUCCUCCUCCUCGGACUAUGGUGGUGUCUUUGUGAGGAGGCCGCCGCCGCCGCCCGCGCUCCGUCUCCUCGUUGGCGCGGUCUUCCUCGCCGCCUCGUCACUGCUGCUGUAAGGAGGAGCUGGCGCAAGGGCAAGGGGGUUGGGGCCGAGAGGGGCCCCGGGAAAGGCGAGGGCGCUCCCUGACUGCAGCGCGGCGCCCGGCAGGCGCCUAGCCAUGAGCCGCACGUGUGGGAUCUAAAGCCUGCCCUUGGUGCCCCCGCCGCCGCCGCCGCUGUUGCUGCUGCUGCUGCUUCUGCUGGAAGAGCAUGCUCUGUACCCAGGCCGGCUUUCUCCAGAAUCUAUAUCAGAACAGGUUCUUAGGCCUGGCUGCCAUGGCGUCUCCUUCUAGGAACUCGCAGAAUCGGCGCCGGUGCAAAGAACCUCUGAGGUACAGCUACAACCCAGACCAGUUCCACAACAUGGACAUUGGGAAUGGCCCUCACGAGACAGUCACUAUUCCACGCUCUACAAGUGAUACCGAUUUGGUAACCUCAGACAGCCGGUCUACACUCACAGUCAGCAGCUCCUAUUAUUCCAUAGGACAUUCACAAGAUCUUGUGAUUUAUUGGGAUAUAAAAGAAGAAGUGGAUGCAGGGGACUGGAUUGGCAUGUAUCUCAUUGAUGAGGUCUUGUCUGAAAAUUUCCUGGACUACAAAAAUCGUGGUGUGAAUGGCUCUCACAAAGGUCAGAUUGUCUGGAAGAUUGAUGCCAGCUCUUACUUCAUAGAAGGAGAAACAAAAAUCUGCUUCAAGUACUACCAUGGAGUUAGUGGAGCCCUGCGUGCUACAACCCCCAGUGUGACAGUGAAGAAUAAUGCAGCUCCUCAGAUUUUCAAAAGCAUCACCAAUGAAGAUUCGGGCCAGGGACAAGGAAGCAGAAGAUUGAUAAGUUUCUCGUUGUCAGAUUUCCAAGCUUUUGGGCUGAAGAAAGGCAUGUUCUUCAAUCCAGAUCCUUACUUAAAAAUUUCGAUCCAGCCUGGAAAGCAUAGUAUCUUCCCAGCUCUUCCUCAUCAUGGACAGGAGAAGAGAUCCAAGAUCAUAUGUAACACUGUCAAUCCCACCUGGCAAGGAGAGCUAUUCAGUUUUGUUUCACUGCCCACUGAUGUCCUGGAAAUAGAGGUGAAGGACAAGUUUGCAAAGAGCCGACCGAUCAUUAAGCGUUUCUUGGGGAAGUUGUCCAUGCCAGUGCAACGGCUGCUGGAAAGACAUGCUAUAGGGGACAGAGUUGUCAGCUACACUCUAGGACGUAGACUGCCAACUGAUCAUGUCAGUGGCCAGUUACAGUUUCGGUUUGAGAUAACAUCAUCAAUCCACCCAGAUGAUGAAGAGGUCUCUCUUACUGCAGACCCUGAGUCAACUGAAUUCCAGGAAAGCUCCAUGAAUAUCUCAGCAGAGGAAAUCCUUGGUGAGCCCCCAUGCACCAGCACAGUGAGCUCAGAAAGUACAGCUCCAGAGAAGCUAAAUGGAUGCCCGAUGAUCUGCAUCAAUGUUAAUAGCUCUGGUGCUGGGGAGCUCACCCUGAACAGUUGCUUAAAAGAAGAGCUAGCAGGAAAUGGGGAGGUUGAUGCAUUGCCAGCAGACACGGUUGAUCCCUUGGAAUCCAUCCCAGGGGAAAUGAUGUCUUCCCUGAGUGCUGUGGACCUCACUGAGCAACUGGCUCUGUUGGCAUGCACACCUCCCGAAUCAGAAGUUAGGGAGAAUAAUAAAGUCAAUUCGGUUACUCAGGGAGACAGUGACAACAUUAUGACCAGCAUAGAAGCCCUAUCUAUUGAUGAGGUGAGUGGAGAUAUGCAAGUUGUCAAGAAUCUAGAGAAGAAAGAGGAUGAUGAUGGGGCUUCAGCUCCAGAAGAGGAGGAGGGACAACAGGAGGACCAAGAGGAGAACAAUGAUGAAAAGGAGAACAAGCUGCAGCUGAGAACUACAGUGAAGAGGAAGAACAGGCCUUGCUCUUUGCCUGUGUCAGAACUUGAGACAGUGAUAGCAUCUGCCUGUGGGGAGCCUGAGACACCUCGUACACAUUAUAUCAGAAUACACAAUCUCCUUCACAGUUUGCCUUCAGCUCACAUGAGCAGUGAUGAUGGAGAAGGAGAGGAAGAACAAGGCAGUGUGACAGAGAACGAGGAAGAAUUGACAGUCAGGGAAGUGUCAGAGAAAGACAUGGUCAGUGAGACUGAAACAGUAUUGGCAGAUCCUCCUCAGGAAAACACAGUGGAAGAGAACUUUGUCCGGGGGACAAUGCCUCGCAGCACCUCUGUUGAGCAUCUUGCUGAUUUAAAUGAGCAGCUGCUGGAUGGUGAAGGGCUCAGAACUGAAAGUGAGAGUGAACUGAGUCCCAGGCCAAAUGGUGACACUGAGUGUGAAAUGUGUGACACUUCCUGCUACAGCCCUUCCUGUUACAGCACCUCAUGUUACAGCACCUCCUGCUAUAGCACUUCCUGUUACAGCACUUCUGGUCAAGAGAGUAGUACCAACCGGUUUUCAAGCCAUACUCGUUUUUCCUCUGUGGACAGUGCAAAGAUUUCUGAGAGCACAGUGUUUUCUUCUCAGGAUGAUGAGGAAGAGGAAAACAGUGCCUUUGAGUCAGUGCCAGACUCAGUACAAAGCCCCGAGCUGGACAGGGACCAGGGCGAUGGCUCUGCCCACUGGCCUGAGGAAAUGGUAGUUCAUGGAAUGACUCUACAGAGAACAGCAGAAAAUGUAGAGGCUUCAGUAGCAGGCCCAAGCAACCGAAGAGAAGGUGAUUGCCCUUUACUCCAUAAUUCUCAGCCAGUCAACCAGCUUCCUUCCCUGAGGCCAGACUACCAUCAAUACCCAACCAUUGAUGAGCCUCUUCCACCAAACUGGGAAGCUCGCAUUGAUAGCCAUGGACGAGUAUUCUAUGUUGACCAUGUUAAUCGAACCACAACUUGGCAGCGUCCAACAGCAGCAGCUACUCCUGAUGGAAUACGCAGAUCAGGCUCAAUCCAACAAAUGGAGCAACUCAAUCGGCGGUAUCAAAAUAUUCAGAGGACUAUUGCUACAGAGAGGACUGAGGAGGACACUGUCAUCAGCAAUAGGAUAGAGAGGCUCCUCCCUGGAGGAGGCAGUGAUUCUGAGGCAGAUCCUUCACAGCCAAAUUCAGAUAUUAGAAGAGAAGUACCAGUUUCACCUGUGAAUUCUCAAAAAAUCACUUUGUUGCUGCAAUCUCCAGCUGUAAAGUUCAUCACCAACCCAGAGUUUUUCACAGUGCUGCAUGCAAACUAUAGUGCCUAUCGAGUUUUCACCAACAGCACCUGUUUGAAGCAUAUGAUUCUGAAGAUCCGAAGAGACGCUCGGAAUUUUGAGCGAUAUCAGCACAACAGGGACCUGGUAAAUUUCAUCAACAUGUUUGCUGACACACGGCUAGAACUUCCACGAGGCUGGGAGAUCAAGACUGACCAGCAAGGCAAGUCCUUCUUUGUUGACCACAACAGCCGUGCUACCACUUUCAUUGAUCCAAGGAUCCCACUUCAGAAUGGCCGCCUACCCAAUCAUCUGACUCACAGACAGCAUCUUCAGCGACUCCGAAGUUACAGUGCUGGAGAGGCAUCAGAAGUCUCUCGAAACAGAGGGGUGUCUCUGUUGACUAGACCGGGCAACAGCCUAGUGACAGCAAUUAGAAAUCAUCAUCAUCAUGAGUCCUCACCUCUGGCAUAUAAUGAUAAAAUUGUUGCAUUUUUACGCCAACCCAACAUUUUUGAAAUGCUGCAGGAGCGCCAGCCAAGUUUGGCAAGAAACCAUGCACUCAGGGAGAAGAUUCACUACAUUCGAACAGAGGGUACACACGGGCUUGAAAAGUUGUCCUGUGAUGCAGAUUUAGUAAUACUGCUAAGUCUUUUCGAAGAAGAUAUAAUGUCGUACAUACCUCUUCAAGCAGCUUUUCAUUCUGGCUAUAGCUUUUCCCCUCGCUGUUCACCUUGUUCAUCACCUCAAAAUUCUCCAGGCCUGCAGCGUGCCAGUGCAAGAGCUCCCUCUCCCUAUAGGAGAGAUUUUGAAGCUAAGCUUCGCAAUUUUUAUCGAAAACUAGAAGCCAAAGGUUAUGGCCAGGGUCCAGGUAAAAUUAAGUUAAUAAUAAGGCGUGACCAUCUGCUGGAAGGCACUUUUAAUCAGGUGAUGGCUUAUUCACGGAAGGAGCUCCAAAGAAACAAACUGUAUGUCACAUUUGUUGGAGAAGAAGGCUUGGACUACAGUGGCCCAUCCAGAGAGUUCUUCUUUCUUCUGUCUCAGGAGUUGUUCAAUCCAUACUAUGGCCUGUUUGAAUAUUCAGCCAAUGACACUUACACUGUACAGAUCAGCCCCAUGUCAGCAUUUGUAGAAAACCACCUGGAAUGGUUCCGUUUCAGUGGCCGUAUCCUUGGCCUUGCUCUUAUUCAUCAGUACCUUCUUGAUGCUUUCUUCACAAGACCGUUCUACAAAGCAUUAUUAAGACUGCCAUGUGACCUCAGUGACUUGGAGUACUUGGAUGAAGAGUUCCAUCAAAGUUUACAGUGGAUGAAGGACAACAACAUCACUGAUAUCCUGGACCUCACUUUCACAGUAAAUGAGGAAGUGUUUGGACAGGUAACAGAAAGGGAGAAAUAAUCUGGGGGUGCAAAUACACAGGUGACUGAAAAGAAUAAGAAGGAAUAUAUUGAAAGGAUGGUGAAGUGGCGAGUAGAAAGAGGUGUUGUUCAGCAGACAGAGGCCUUGGUCCGUGGCUUCUAUGAAGUUGUAGACUCAAGGCUUGUCUCUGUAUUUGAUGCUAGAGAAUUAGAAUUGGUCAUCGCUGGCACUGCGGAAAUAGACCUUAAUGACUGGCGCAACAAUACAGAAUAUCGGGGUGGUUACCAUGAUGGGCAUAUCGUAAUACGGUGGUUUUGGGCAGCAGUAGAACGAUUCAACAAUGAGCAAAGACUCCGGUUGCUGCAGUUUGUCACUGGGACCUCUAGCGUGCCGUAUGAGGGCUUUGCAGCCCUUCGGGGAAGCAAUGGUCUACGCCGCUUCUGUAUAGAGAAAUGGGGUAAAAUAACAUCACUUCCAAGGGCACAUACUUGUUUCAAUCGCUUGGAUCUUCCACCCUACCCAUCAUAUUCUAUGCUAUAUGAAAAGCUGUUGACGGCUGUUGAAGAAACUAGUACCUUUGGACUUGAAUGAGAAUAUUCAGACUUUUCAAGUGUUCUCCUGGUCAGUGACAUCACUCCUUUCCCUGCUGCCAUAUGAUUUGGUUUUUCUGUGUUUUUAAUUCUGGGGUGGGCGGGGAUCAGGACUGAUAAAUGCUGUGCAUGAAGAACAGCCUUCCUUUAAGAACUAACCUUCAUGCUUUCAUCUUUUGUUUUCAAUGGACAACUAGCCUGUAUGCAAUAUAAAAACAGUCUCAAGGUCUCUGUGUAUCUCCACAUACCUCCAUUAGCAACAAUGAAAAGAUGAAUGCAAGUUGUGCUACACUUGACCAAAUGUUAAUAAAUGUUUACUUUUACCUACAUUGAUAAAGACAAAACAAAUAACUCAUCAAGAAUCCCAGGCUUUUAUAUGCCCAUCUCUUCUGAAUUAAAUCCACAAUUUGUCCUGCGUCUUAAAAGCUGUGUCCACUAUUGGAGCUAGUCAAGAAUCUCCUUCAUUCAUCUUGAUUUUCUUGUACCCAUUGCACAUAGGUGAAAGCUGCCUAUUAAAAAAACUGAAUUUUUAUACGUGAACUCAUAAUCCAAAUUUACUACAAGAGCUGGAGCUGGGCCAGACUUAUGGUGCAGAUACAACAUUGAAAAGGAAAUGGAACAAUCUUGUAAUGCAAUGCAGCGUGUCAAUGAUUGUUAACUCUUGUUGCUGGAAAUAACUUGCAUAUCAGAUCUACUGAAGAAUGUUGGGAGGUAAAGUUUAUUGUAAUAAGAAUACACAAGAAGCACAUAUUUGUGCACACGAGAAAGAUGUCUUAUUAUGUAGCAUAACAGACACCACCACCUUUCCCAAUUAUUGUACAUAGCAAAAAUAACUGGAAAAACUUUCCUUUCUUAAUAAUUUCUGGUCCAACUUACCAGUUCUUUGUUUUCUAUGUUUAAAAUCUCUUUACAGAAAAGAUAUAUAGACAAUCCUGCACUGUGUAUUGGAAGCCACUGAUUACUUAAGAUAUGUUGAUUGACAGAGUUGUAAUUUUGUUUCAUUUCUUUUGGAUCUCAAAUACUCCAUAAUUAUAGAAUCAGUUCUGCCCAGUAUUUAGCCAAAGUUCAAUUAUGUGUGAAGCUGCAGAGAAUGAUGGCACUGAAACAAGAGCUUUAUCUACAUUGUGAAUAGCUGUCAAACAUUUGAAUGUUGUUCCUAAAUUCCCAUUGUUCCACCUAGCUUGCUAGGUAUUAAUGAACUGAACAGUCUGGUCUUUUUGUGACUAGGGGAAACAACAAAUGACUUGGCUUUGUGGCCUUUGCUUCCCAUCACAAAAAUCAUGACAGCAAAACACACUGAAAUGUGAAUAGUUUGAUGAGCACUGCUGAAACAAAUUAGAGAGAGAGCAAUCAACUGCAUAAUAAUGCUUCUUUUCUUGACCCUCGUUCUAAUUGUUUAAUGCACCUAUUUGGAAGCAAAAUUUAUUGAACUCAGUGAAUUUUUGCUUCUAAAUAAGUAUGCAUAGGAUUGGACUACAUAUUUUUGUUUUUUGUCUUUACCAGAUAGAAGAUAAUUUCUACAGACAUAUCUUACAUUAAUUGAGAUGGCAUCAAUAAUUGUAUAUGUGGUCAAAUUAUCAUUUAGCAACUGACUAUGAAACAAUGAUCAAUUAAAUGUUACAUGUGAAAGCAGACCUAUUCACUUCUUACUUAGCCAUUGGAAGUGUACCUGGUUAGGUGUAGGCUUGUGCUCGAUUAAUCUUUUGUGUCACCAUGGCAAAGGAACUUAAAACUAUCGUGCAUUGAAGGGAUUGGACAGUAUGCUGGAAUCCUGAAAGGUUAUCCUGAUCCCAUGUUCCCCUCUCUUUUUUGGCACAGCCAUGCUUUUCAGGUCAAGGGGACUGAUCAGUAAAGCCCCAAUGAAUUCAAAAAAUAUAUAGCUGUAUGGCACCUGUCAAUAAGAUUAGUUUCUUCUUACAAAACCAAAUAUCCUUUCAGGCAGGAAACAUUUUCAGAAUGGUCCCUGACACAAACAAAGGUGGAAUCCUUCCCGAAAAUGUAAAGGCUCAUCCAGCUAACAUUAAGAAUGUUCAGCUUCCAUGUUUCAGCAGGAGAGAUUUAAGCACAAGCUUACUUCUCGUCCUUCUAAUUCAGUUAAAUAUAAAAGUGCUUCUCUGGCUGAAUCAUACCCUAUGAUUAAACUGUGCUUUUAUGUCUUUAUUUAAGAAAUCAGUAUUGUAUGCAGACUUAAAUGAAAAAUAUAAGUCAUACCUUAAUUAACAAAAUUUUAUUUUGGGGAACUAAUUUGGAUAAUGAGCUGUUGAAUAAGUAUCUGAGGCAGAGCCUUUGGUUCUAGCCAGUAUGAAAAAACAGCCUGAAUAAAUCUGUUCUUGAAAGGGAAAGAACAUAGCUAAAAGUUUGCCCAGCCAUCACUAUCAAACUCUGUAUAUCCCUUGGUCUGAAAGAACAAAACUAACGAAAGAUAGCUUUAAAAAAACUCAGCAAGUGUGAUGAAAAUAUUUUCUCUAGUUAACUUUUUUUGCUUUAAAUUAUAUUACGUUAAAUAAGCAUUUUAUAAUGAAAUAUCAAUUUCACUUAAACCAGAUAAUUUGGAAUCAAUUCAUAAGGCACAAUUUUAUUAAUAUGAACUGCAUUUAAUAGGCUUUUUUUUAAAGCAAACACUCUAUUAUAGGCAAAAUCACUGCUACAGGAAAGUUUGCUGGUGACUUUCAUAUAUGGCCUCGCCUUUGCUCAUUCCGAUAGAACUUCGUUCAAAAAUGUGUUGAAAGAAAUGGGGAAAAAUCACACAGGUUUUGAACAGGUCAUACAUGAUAUUUAUUGAGGACUCCACUAUUCUGAAAGGGACAUGGUGGUGCUGCGGGUUAAACCGCAGAAGCCUCUGUGC